AUGAAGAAGCUUAUUGUGGGCACCCUGCUUCUCGCUGUUCUUUCAGGAGGUGUAUCACAGUCAGACAUGAAGGGGAAGGCAUUUAUUUUCCCCCAAGAAUCAUCCACUGCCUAUGUAUCCCUGAUCCCGCAGGUGAAGAAGUCACUGCAGAACUUCACCUUGUGUCUGAAGGCCUUCACUGACCUCACCCGUCCUUACAGCCUCUUCUCCUACAACACAAGGACCAAGGACAAUGAGAUUCUUCUCUUUGUGGAAAAAGUGGGGGAAUACAUGUUCUAUGUUGGGAAUACGGUAGCCAUUUUCAAAGCAUCCCCAAAUCCUAAUGCUCCAAUCCAUGUCUGUAUGAGCUGGGAAUCUGCCUCUGGGAUUGCAGAAUUCUGGCUGGAUGGAAAGCCUUUGGGGAGAAAAGGCUUGAAGAGGGGGUACACUGUGGGAGGUGAUGCAAAGAUUAUCCUAGGACAAGAACAGGAUUCCUUUGGGGGACAUUUUGAUGUAAAACAAUCAUUUUUGGGGGAGAUAUGGGAGGUGUCCUUGUGGGACCAUGUGGUCCCUCUAGAAGAGGUACAUGAUAGGUGUUAUAGUGGCAACCUUAUAAAUUGGCGAAGUCUUAUUUAUGAAGACAAUGGUUAUGUGGUGACUAAGCCCAAACUGUGGGCUUAA